GUUCAUCACUUCCUUAAGUUGUCAACUGCAAAUACAGAGGCCAAGGAGUCAAAAUUACAUUAUCUUUUGCUGAUCAUUCCCGUAUCAACAUUUGGCCUUGGUACGUGGCAGAUCCACAGAUUGCAGUGGAAGAAAGGUUUGAUUAAAGAGCUUGAGGAGAGAACAACUCAGCCAGUUCAAGAACUAUCAGAAAAGUAACUGAGAACUCUGGUUUUUUGUUUAAAUGUGCUUUUUGUAAAUACCGUUUAUGUUAAGAUUAUUUGUCUAUCAACUUGAAUUAUUGCAGUAUCGAUAAACUAAGGGCAAAAGAACUGGAAUACCGCCGUAUCAGAUUACGAGGAAAGUUUGACCAUUCAGAGGAAAUUCAUGUGUUACCAAGGUCACUUAAUGAAGGCCCACAUGGUGGAGGGGGACUGGGGCAGAGGCCAAAAUCUGGUGCACACAUCAUUACACCGCUUGACUUGUCUGAAACUGGGUAAGCUUCUCUUAACGGCUGUUAAUUGGUUUAUUUUCUAGCAGUCUUUAUGAGAGAGUGUUUGACUCAUAUAAUCAGCGACUUUUGGUAUGAUCAAUAUAUUAUUGGAAAAAAAAAAGAAAAUAUUUGUAUAAACUAUAACAAAAGGUUACAGAGUGCAGGCGACAACAAUCGAUGGUCCAAAUGCCCUUGCUCUAUCACUGUGCUUUGCCUAAGUUUCAUGUGAUAGAUCACACAUGAUCAGAUUUAUGAGCUAUAAUUAUAAUGUCCAAACGCGCGUGAUGAGUUUGCAUUCUGUGUAUUCCAUUCAUUCUUAGUGGAAGUCCAAAUGAAGGUGUCUUCAUAGGUGCUGUGGUCUCACAGAGGAUAGCGAUCAAGCAGUCACUGAGAAAAAUGAGGCACUGUUGUCAAAUGGAGUACAUAUAGGAAACAAUACACAUGUAUAGUAACGCUAUUACUCGUGCCAUUUUGGGUGCUGUUGCUUCCCAGCUCCACCCAAUAGGGAAUCUAUGUUUUCCCAAUUAGCUGUCAUUAUAAAGAUGUUAUGUCACUAAUUUCAAAAUCGAAUUUACUUUAUAUUAUUGAUGUUUAUUAAUGUUACUUUAAGGCAAAGAAUAUUGGUCAAUAGAGGAUGGGUACCAAGGGAUAAAAUUGAACCUGAGAAGAGACCAGAAGGACAGGUGAAUAUGUUUUUCUUAUAAUUAUUUUUAGACAGCAGGCAGAAGACAUAAAGCUUUUUCAAAUAUGUACUUACCAACUGUAUUUACUCAAAAAAUAAGUACCGUCUGGAAAUAAGUCUGCAUAGAACAGGAGCAAUAAACAAGCACCACAUGUGAUGCACCAAAUACAAUGCUUGCCUACACUUCAGUGCUCAUAAAAAGCACUAUCUGAUAGUCUGGGACGAGUAGAUUUUUUUGCCAGGCAAGUAACUUUUAAAGCUCACUUGCCCAAUGGGCAAGGGUCCAGCAGGGUUUUCAAUAAGAUUUUAGGGGAAAAGCUUUGGAAUAGGUGGAGGGGGGAAAGCUCAGACUUGCAAGGUGCGGGUUUCUGGAAAAAAAUUUGAAAUCUGGGCUUCUUAGAAUGCAUUUCCAGCAUUCUGGAGUAAAAGUUAGGGUGUUUGAACAGAACAUAGACAUCAUUAAAUUCUGGCUUUUUAUGCAGUGACAGCACACUUUUUAUGGUAAUUUCCAAAGAAAAGUAGACGGAGAGUUCACAUGAAAAAGCCUGCGAAUUUCGCUUGCCACCAGCUCUUAUUGAAAUCCCUGGUCCAGGCAAGUCAUCUCCCAACUAAAUCAAUAACUAAGGGCGCUUUCCAUUAGCCAGAACUUGCCGGCCGGGCCAAUUAGUUCAAGAAUGAAAUAAGCUUUUUCCAAGGGUUUUGGCUGAAAAACCAUCUCCUUCAUGCAUACUAGAUUUGACUGAUCUGGCUGGAGAAUUUUGAUUAAGAGUGAACUUCUCAUGACGACGGGGAUGGUCUGGCCUGUCAGUUCUGACAAAUGGAAAGCGCCCUAAGACAAGCAAGUAGUUGCCCCCGGCAAGCUAAAAUUAAUGUGCUGCUUGCCCAAAGGACUUGCCAGAAUGCAAGGAUUUUUUGAGCCCUGAUACUUAUUCUGUUAAUUCAUUUAGGUUUCUUCUGUAAUCACUUAAGUUUUUUUACUGAUUACACAGAUCCAAGGAGAGGUUGAGUUGGUUGGUUUUAUAAGACAAGGAGAAAAGGUUGGUACAUCUUAAUUUGUGACAUGUUGUUGAGGCUUGAUAGUGUGACAACUCGGGGGCCAGUUGCAUAAGCCUCAAUGUCAGACAUAAGCUUCAACUGAGCUGGCCCUCAGCUCAUUAACUCGAUUGAAAGCUGAUGCCAGUCUGCUGAGGAGGAAGCUGUGAGUGCAAACCUUCACUAGAUCACCAAUCAAGGUCUUUAAAAAACUGGUGAGAUCAUACUAGCUGUGAUUAAAACCCUUUCUCAGUUCAGAUUAUCAUGUCAUUUGGUGGUGCCUGCAUUAAGCUGUUGGCCAUGUCUCCUUUACCCUUGCACAUUAGUUGGAAGGGGACAUGUUAAAGAACACAUAACAUUCGAAAAGAGUAGGGGAGGUAGGCCCUGGCGUCAUGGUCUGUCCGACUUGUGCUGUCAUUGGUUUGGGUGGGUGAGAUGAGAUCAGACAUGGACUGAAGCGGCUGCAUAGUGCACUUUUACAUGUCAAUGUCUGAUCUCACCUCCCUCGUUCCUCUGCAAUUUCAGGUGUUGGUUACAAGUUCAACCCAGUCAAUCUCUUCUACCUUAUGGCAGACAAUGACAUUUACUUGUGAUGUUAGGUUUCAUGCAACUGGCCCCAGGUCCCAUGCCUCUCUCUUUCCUUUCCAUUCCAGUGUGUAAGCUAUGUGUUAUGCUCAUCAGUUGUAAAUCUGGGGGGUCCCCUGGAUGCCUAUACACCCCUGUCUGCUUACCCCAGAUACUGCUUCCCCUUUUUACUUCAAAUACCCUUGAAGAAAAAUGGUACAAAAAAUAUUGUCGUAACUGAAGUAGAUUUCCCUUCCCUGCAAACUCUCACCCCAACCCCUCAAAAUCCUAGGUCUGCAAGCAAGCUCUCUGGGGCACUCUGGAUGCAGGGUGGGAAAAGAAGGGAGAGUUUGCAACUACAUCUCUGGAAUUUGAAUUCUACCUCCAAUUCCCCUUUGGCUCCCCAUUGACUGAGCUGUCAGAUUUCCGCCAAUCAACACGAAGUGGAAACUAGUGCGAAUGUAAACAAACAUUGAAAAACAUGUGCCAAGGUUAAUGAUGUCAUUACUUAUGUUAUCUCAGCCAAUCAGCAUUUUGCAUCAAUUUUUUUGAUGCAGAUAUUCAAAUUCAAGUGAUGUAGUUGUAAGCUCUCCUUCCUUUUCCCAUCCUGCCGCCAGAGUGCUCUGGAGAGCUUGCUUGCAGGCUGCAAAAUCCUAUGUCUGCCCCAGGUCAUAUUUCGGGCUGACCUGCACCUAUCCCAAACAAGCUUUGUGAUUCGCUGGGAAGACAAUAGGGAUGGUGACAUAACAAUGCCCCUAUCCCUGAAAACAUUAGGUAGUGCAGGUUAUAGGGACCAAUGAAAUGAGAGGUUUGGAAGGGUGCUGGUCAAUCACAUAUUUUAGAUGGAUGGGGACAAAAUCACCUUGUACUUAAUUGCAGGUUGAACGUUUGGAAUUUAGACUUAAAUGUUUCAUGAUAUUUGCUACUGAUUACUUACUGUUGUCAUCCUUGUUUUAUCUUUAGAGACAACCCUUCCAGGCCAAAAAUAAUCCUGAGAAAAAUCAGUGGUGUUCACGUGAUGUGGAUGCCAUGGCUGAAGUAACAGGAAGUUUACCCAUUCUUGUGGAUGCUGAUGCUGGUAACAUUCAUUUUCCUUAAAUAUCAUCAUUGUUUUGUGUUGCCUCCCUUGUAAUAUUGUCAUUGACUUUCAUUAAAUCUAGUUUAUCCAAAAAUGCUUUUACCCCUUGAAAGACAUGAGAAGCCCUUGUGGUUAUAGGUCCCUCAAUUAAUCAAUCAAUCAAUCAAUCAAUCAAUCAACCAUAAAAUGCUCAAGUUACAUUCUCCCAAUGUCUUCCCAGCUCGUUUGGAAGCCACUUUUUAAUCUGCUGGCUUCGUUCGAGGUGUCCUUUUAAGGAUCAUUUUUAGGGCUUGCAUUUCCACUUAAGAGCUUGAGUGUGAUCAGAGCACGAGAUUUCUCUUCUGUUGCUUCGUUAUGUUUUGGCAUGUUGUGACUUACCAAGGCGCUUAUACCCUGGGUGCCAGAGGCUUUUCAUGCGUGGUUUCCGGUUUCGGUCAAGUCUUAAAAAGUGACCCGCCCGAACACGUGUCGGCCUGCAGCGGACGAAGCGAAGCUCCCCGUUGCGCGCGAGAAAAAACCUCUGGUACCCAGGGUAAGGCGCGUACACUGUUUAAAAAGGUACAGACAGCUAAAGGACUGAACGUAAAGAUGUCCGCGUAUGUAGUUAUGAGAGUUAGAGUUAUGCCCAAAUGAGUAGAUUAUUUUUCUUAAGACAUCGUUUAAACCUAGACUCAAUGUUCUAAUCCUUUUUUUAGCCAGUACAAUUCCUGGAGGGCCGAAAGGAGGUCAGACUCGAGUUUAUCUACGAAAUGAGCAUCUUCAGUACAUCAUUACUUGGUAUGUAUGCAGGUGGUAUUUAAGGGGCAGGGCAUUUUGGUACCUCUCGGAGUUUUCGUGAAGGACCUGAUCAUAUCCGAAGAGUUCCGAAGAUUAGAUUAGAUUUCCGAACAUUCUAAAAUGUGUGAUUUCGGGGAUAUUGGGAUAUUGCAAUCAUUCACACGCUAUUCUCUUCUAGCAUCGUGUCAGUUAACGUUGUAGUAGCUCAAAUGUUCCGCUAGGUGUGAGAAAUUGGUCCGCAAGUGUAAACUGGUUUGAGUUCGACGUUUUUUUCCCAUGUGUGUGAAAGGUCCGGGAUUCAGAGUUGCCACGAUCAGGGGAUAGUUAGGCCGCAAAAACAAUAAUUUUUCUAGGUCCAGGAAAAGUCAGGAAAAAUCUUUGACAGUGUCAGGAGCUCCUGUUAGUGUCAAAGUCAGUGAAAAGUCAGGGAACUAUUUUUUCAUCGGGCAAAAUAUCCCGCAAAAGUGUAAAGGGUUUGAAAAGGAAAACAGGAGUAUUGAUGAUCUGCAAAAAAAGGCCGGAUUAAAGGCAAACGGGAAUUGUUUUCAUUAUCGCACGCAUUUUCUCGGUUUGCGCACUGCAGUUUCUGGAUUAAGAAAAGUAACAAUAACGCAUAAUUUUUUGGUUCUUUCAGGUACGCAUUAUCUGGUUUUACCGCUUAUAUGUACUACAGGCUGAGGAAGUCUCCAAAUAAACCAAUGUUUAAAUGA